ACGAUUAAAAAAAAGAAGCGUCCGAGUGGGACGGAGUAUCCUGUUGGAAGAGGCAUUCAUUGUGACUGCAUGCGUCCUCACCACUGACCAUUAUUUCAUAAUGUCCUAUUGUAAGUUGCAGGCGGAAUGGGACGAUAUAGACAACGAAUAUCAGCAGUUACAGGAAACUCAUAAGAUCUACAGACAGAAGCUGGAGGAGCUCACUAGUCUUCAGGCAACAUGCAGCGGAGCCAUCAGUAAACAGCGAAAGUCCCUGAAAGACGUGAGACGCAGUUUAAGCAAGUGUGCUCAAACUUGUGAUGAAAAAGAACUUCAAUUACUAACACACAUCAAAACCCAAAUCAAAGAAAGGGAGCAUGUUUUCUUUGAUAUGGAAGCAUAUUUACCAAAGAAAAAUGGCCUUUACUUGAGUUUAGUGCUGGGAAAUGUGAAUGUGACACUCCUCAGUAACCAGGCAAAAUUUGCCUACAAAGACGAGUAUGAGAAGUUCAAACUGUACAUGACGAUAAUCCUGAUGUUUGGAGCAAUAACCUGCCUCUUCUUUCUCAACUACCGAGUCACGGAUGAAAUCUUCAACUUUUUGCUGGUGUGGUAUUACUGCACACUGACCAUAAGGGAAAGCAUUCUCAUGAACAAUGGCUCAAGGAUCAAAGGGUGGUGGGUGUCUCACCACUACGUCUCCACCUUUCUGUCGGGGGUAAUGCUAACCUGGCCAGAGGGACCAAUGUAUCAAAUGUUUCGAAGCCAGUUCCUUGCUUUUUCUAUUUAUCAAAGCUUCGUUCAGUUCCUGCAGUAUUAUUAUCAGAGCGGCUGCUUAUACCGGCUGCGUGCGUUAGGAGAGAGGAAUCAGCUGGACCUCACAGUGGAGGGAUUCCAGUCCUGGAUGUGGAGAGGACUCACUUUUCUUUUGCCUUUUCUCUUUUUUGGCCACUUUUGGCAGCUGCACAACUCGGUGACGCUGUUUCGUUUGGCAAGACAUGAGGGGUGUAAAGAAUGGCAGGUGUUCAUGCUGGCGCUGACGUUUCUUGUUCUCUUUCUGGGAAACUUUCUGACCACGUUGAAAGUUGUUCGCCAAAAAGUCCAAAAGAAGGUGGAAAAAGGGCAGAAGAGUGACUGAAAGGAUCAUCAGGGAGAAAAAAAUACAACAAACAGAAUCUAUGCUCCUCCAAAAAGAACAGUUUUUGUGACGCACACGAACGGCUUAACGGGCCACCGGACGAGCGAGCCAGCGGAGAGCCGAGCGGAAACGCCGACCUCCGUCAGACUGCAGACACACUCAGACUUUCUGAGAGCGCUAAAGGGAUGGACUUGGAGGACGAACCGGCUGAUGCUUUUCCUGUGUGUAGAAAACUUGUUACCUGGAGUUUGUGUGGCUACAUGAGUAUCAGACCGCCUUCCUCUCCAAGUCACAUGCAACAACACGAGGGCAGGUAGCAGAACAGAACGCGGUUUGCCUUUCAAGACCUAUUGUCUGUUGUGUGUGUGUGUGUGUGUGUGUGUGUGUACUUCUGUGAAGUAGUAAUGGUCAUGUUGGCUCUGGCAACAAAUUACAUUUCUUUUGUAUCCCAACCUCACUGCUGAAGGGUGUAGAAGUACACAAACGUUGGUCCUCAGGCUGUGAUUAGAGAAUAAAACAGCCGCUCUGUUUUUUACUCACGUCUCUCAAAGAGACUGAAGGAACUUGGCAAAGUUUCUCUUGUUACGCUGGUUACACAAGCCAUAGCUUUAUUUUUGUAACAGAUAUAUCAUGAACUGAUGUUACUUUAUGUAAACACUUUUACUUUAAGGUCUUAAUCUGGAUAGAAAUCAAACCACGUAUUAAAAAUCCGUUCCCCGUUUGUUUUUGGUGAUGUUGCAGAAAUGCUCAGAUGCUGCUACCCGCACUAGUACUUCAAAGAUGUCUGAACCCAUAUUUUUCUAGGAAAACGUUGCACUGUGGUUCACGUUCAGCUUUCCGAGGCUCUGGUGCGUGAGGCCUCACUUUCCUCACGUCUAGGGCUACUGCAUCUUUGACGUAGCAGCGUUAAGAUCACAUGGGUUUCUGUGGCGAACAUGAGAUUAAAAAUCACAUUUCAGGUGGAAGCUGUUGCAUAAAUUCAGAUUUUCAUACAGUUGCAGUUUAUUUUAAUACUUUAUCAGCUCAAUGUUUGGCCAGUAACACAGCACAGUUUGCAGUUUCUCAAUCUGUGUACAUCAAUAAAAAAAAAUUCCUCAUGAA